CCACCCCAGCUCGCAACCCUAAUCUACUUCCUUCUCAAUUCGCCGCUUCUUCGUCGUCGACCAGCCCCAGCCCCCGAGCACCUAUGGCGGAGACCCUCGACAUGACCCUCGACGACAUCAUCAAGAACAACAAGAAGAGCAACCCCUCCUCCGGCGGGGGAGGCCGCAGCCGGGGCGGAUCUGCCUCUGGAGGCGGCGGCGGCGGCGGGGUUGGGCCGACCAGGCGCCCCUUCAAGAGGUCCGGGAACAGGCAGGCUCCCUACCAGCCGCCGAAGGCCCCUGAUGCGGCGUGGCAGCACGACAUGUACCCCGCGGUCGCUGCGGGAGGAGGUGGCGGCGGUGGCGGCGGGAGGGUCUCGGCUAUCGAGACGGGCACCAAGCUCUACAUCUCCAACCUGGACUUUGGCGUCUCAAACGAGGACAUCAAGGAGCUUUUCUCCGAGCUAGGUGAUCUGAAGCGAUCCUCAAUUAACUAUGACCGAAGUGGGAGGUCUAAGGGAACAGCUGAAGUUGUAUUUGCAAGGCGUGCUGAUGCUGUAGCCGCAGUUAAGAAAUAUAACAAUGUGCAACUUGAUGGUAAGCCCAUGAAAAUAGAGAUAGUUGGGACCAAUACUCCAACAGCAGCUUCUGCUCUUCCAGUCACUAAUGGAGGCCAGGCUAGGAAUGCUUCUAAGAGUUACAGCGCACCUAAGGGUGGCCCGGCAGGUCUGCCGCAGCGUAGACCCCAUCAAAGAGGCGGGAGGCGCGGUGGUGGAUCUGGUGGUCGUCGUGGCAAAGAGCGUAGUCAGCCAAGGUCCGCUGAAGAACUUGAUGCCGACUUGGAGAAGUACCAUGCUGAUUCAAUGCAGACCAACUAGAUACCUUCGCAAAGUUGAUAUUUCGACAUCAAAUAUGAAGGACAUUAGUCCGUUCAUUCCUGCUGUUUGUGCUACUAUGUUCAGGGAACAACGAAACCUUAUGUUUGUAGGGGUCUUGCUUUACUGAAUUUUAUGGGUUUAAUGUGUUUACAUAGAACUAGAGUUAAGUGGAUGAUGCUGAACACUGCUAUGGAAAUUACUUGGUUGCGUUUA